AUGAUUUUACUCGAAGAAGAGAAUCGGAUAAUUAGAGAACUAUUGGAUUACAAGUUCAACGCAGCUUCUCAAGGGUAACUUUUAUACUUUUUACAUUUUUAUUGAAAAUUUUAGACAUAAAAUUGAAAGUGUUUCUGUUCAAUUUGCCGAUUUCGAUGGAGUAUUAUACAAUGUAUCGAACCCCAACAAGGAGAAGACCAAAAUAUUGGUAAGUAUAAUUUAAAUCUUAAAAGGCAUUUAACUAAAUUUCAAUCAUAAAUUAUUUUUAUUUCAGCUUAGCAUUUCUCUCAAAUUCUAUAAACAAUUACGAGUUCAUGGAGCUGAUGAGGUAAGUGUUUCUUAUAAAAUAAGAUUUGCUUUUAGUAUUUAAAAAGGGUUUACGGGUCUUACCUGCAAGCUACGCCUGAAGAUGGAUACGAUGCUUCAUUGUUGUUUGACCUGACAGCUUUGCCAGAGAACUUCAACGAACUGAUUGACAAAGCUACAAGAUUCAAAAGGAAUUGCUUUGCAUCUGUGUUUGAGAAGUACUUCUUGUUCCAAGAGAAAGGUCAGGAAGGUGAAGAGCGAGCUGUGAUCAACUACAGAGAAGAUGAAACCAUGUUCAUCCAAGCCAAGGCUGACAGGGUUACUGUAAUAUUUAGCACGCUGUUUAAGGAUCCGGAUGAUAUUGUUAUUGGAAAGCUAUUUUUACAGGUAAGUGAGUUCGUAUUCUUAAUUUUUACUUUACGGUUAGUGAUUGAUGUUUUAAUUUGUGAGUUUUACUAAUUUAUUUGUAAUUUAGGAGUUCCGAGAAGGCCGCAAGGCUAGUCAGACAGCUCCUCAAGUCUUGUAUUCUGUUGGUGAACCUCCAAUGGAAUUGAGAGACUUCCCUGAAGCAAAAACUGGACCUCAUGUUGGAUACAUUACCUUUGGUAAGUAAUUAAAGUUGCUCUUUUUUAAAAUAAGCUAAGGGUCGAAAAGAUUGUAUGUUUUAAAAUUUACAUACAGUUUUAAAAUUUACAUACAACUAUUAAUGUCAUCGUUUUAAGUAUUGUUCCCAAGACACACUAAAGCAGCAACAAGGGAGAACACGAUCAAUUUGAUCCACUCAUUCCGCGAUUACCUGCAUUAUCAUAUCAAGUGCUCAAAGGUAAAUAAAUUACAUUAGGUACAAUCUUUGUUUAGGCAUACCUACAUUCUCGAAUGCGCAAGAAGACGUCCGACUUCUUGAAGGUAUUGAACCGAGCCAGGCCAGAGAUCAAAACCGAAAGGAAGACUAUUAGGUAUGUGGAACAAGAACGCCUAAUUUAUUUAUGUCUAAUCGAGUCAAAAGUAAAAAUGUUCAAAAAUAAUAGAAUGUUAUAAUAAUUUUAUCUUUUUUAGUGGCCGAACCUUCGUGCAACAGUAA